CAGCAAUGUGAACGAGCCCGAACUGUCAGUGAGUGCCAAUGAGUAUUCCUUUAUACCUUACAAUUACUGGGAUAGUAUCCUGUAUAAAGGUUGUACUUCUAAGUGCUUUAUGACUCCCUGUUCCUCUAGGUAGUUUCCAGACAUACUUAGGAUGGACAAGGCCCAUAAACAGAUGGCUGAGAGAAUACUGAACAUUACAAUAGAGAUCAUCUACCUGCUGACUGGAGAGGAUUACAUAGUCGUGAAGAAGAUAACUGAUGAGGAUGAAGCAUAUACCAGGGACCAGGUUCCCAUCAUGUUGUCUUUGCCUCACUCACUGAUACAAAAGGGAAACGGCUAUCAGGAGAUCCUGGACCUCACCAACAAGAUAAUUGAGCUUCUGACUGGAGAGGUUCCUAUAAGGUGUCAGGAUGUCGCUGUCUAUUUCUCCAUGGAGGAGUGGGAGUAUAUAGAAGAUCACAAGGAUCUGUACGAGGAUAUUAUUUUAGAGAAUCAUGUAACACUCACAACACCAGAGGAAUCCAGUAAAGAAGAAACACCAGAGAGCUAUCCCAGUUCUUUAUAUUAUGGGGAUUAUCCAGAUCAGAAUGCCCCACAAGAGCAUCAGGCUACAAAUCUGAGUGAUAUGAAAGUUAAAGUUAUAAUAGAAGAAGAUACAUAUACUGGUGUAACUUGGCUGUGUAAGGAGGAGGAACUUUUUACAGAUGUCAGCAACGAAAAUAGUUAUUUUCCUUUCUCAUCGAGGAUGGACAAGGUCAGAAAACAAAUUAGAGAAGGAAUAUUGAACCUCACCCUUGAGAUCAUCUAUCUGCUGACCGGAGAGGGUUACAUAGUAGUAAAGAGGUCAACUGAAGAAGAAUGGAGCAAGAACCAAGAUUCUAUUGCACUGCUAUCACCUCACUCACUAAAACAUGAGAGAAAAAGCUAUCAGGAGAUCCUGGACCUCACCAACAAGAUCACUGAGCUGUUGACAGGAGAGGUUCCUUUGAGGUGUCAGGAUGUCGCUGUCUAUUUCUCCGUGGAGGAGUGGGAAUAUUUAGAAGGACACAAGGAUCAGUAUGAGGAAAUUAUUAUUGAGACUCACCAGACUCUUUUAUCACCAGGUGAAUCUAGCAUGGAAGAAACACAAGAGAGAUGUCCCUGUCCUCUAUAUUCCAAUAAUUACAGAUAUUCAGAGGAAAAUCAGAAUGGCCCACAGGAUUAUCAGAUUACAAUCCUAAAUGAUAUAAAAGCUAAAGACAAAACAGAAGAGGAAGAAGACACAUAUGUGGAUGUAACCCAGCUCUGUAAGGAGGAGGACAUCGCUAUAUAUAUCUGCACAGAUGAAUCCAGUAAGGAAGAAACAUCAGUUACAUGUCCCAAUCCCUUGACAUCUAAGGAUUGUCCAGAGGAAAAUCAGAAUACCCCAAAUGAUCAUCAGCACUAUAAUAUGAAGGCAAAAGAGGAAGAAGGGACAUAUGUGGGUGAAACCCAGCUGUGUAAGGAGGAGGAAAUUCCUAUAGACAUCAGCACUGCAGAUGUCUGCACCAAAAACUUUGUGGGAAAUCUCUUAUCUCCAGGCUAUGAAGUAAAAUCUAACAAUAUCACAGAAGAUACAACUAUACCCUUUGUCCAUCACAGCAAAGAUAUGCACGGCGUAUCUACUGACCCUGGAAACCACAAGGAACCUUUAUUGGGUCAAUUACAGAUUUUAGGACAAAGCACAGGAAAAACUGAGCAUAAAACCAUUCCUUGUUCUGAAUAUGAGGAGUGUUUUACAAGUAAAUUAACUACUUUUGAACAUCAGAGAACUCUCACAGGAGAGGAGCUAUUUUUAUGUCCAGAAUGUGGGAAAUGUUUUAGCCAGGAGUCGGAUCUUUAUAAUCAUCAAGUAAAUCAUACAGGGGGAAAGCUAUUUUCAUGUUCACAAUGUGGGAAAUAUUUUUCUAGUAAAUCUUAUCUUAGUGAACAUUGUUUAACUCACACAGAGGAGGGGCCGUUUUCAUGUUCUGAGUGUGGAAAAUGCUUUACAAGGAAAUCGAGUGUUAUUGAUCAUUUAAGAACUCACACAGGGGAGAAGCCAUAUUCAUGCCCAGACUGUGGCAAAUGUUUUAGCCAAAAGUCCAGUCUUGUUAAACAUCGACUAACCCAUACAGAGGAGAAGCCAUUCUCAUGUUCAGAAUGCGGAAAGCAUUUUAUAAAGAAAUCAAGUCUUGUUACACAUCAGAAAUGGCACACAGGAGAGAGGCCAUUUUCUUGUUCUGAAUGUGGGAGGUGUUUUACCCAGAAAUCAGUCCUUGUUAUACAUCAGAGAAUUCACACAGGUGUGAAGCCCUAUAAUUGUUCUGAAUGUGGAAAAGGUUUUGCAAGAAGAUCAUGUCUUAUUGAACAUCAGAGAACUCACACAGGGGAAAAACCAUACUCAUGUCCAGAAUGUGGGAGAUGUUUUAGCCAGAAGUCAGAUCUUGUUAAACACCAGGUAACCCAUACAGGGGAGAAGCCGUUUUCAUGUUUAGAAUGUGGAAAGUGCUUUACUAGAAAAUCAUAUGUUGUUGAACAUAGUAAAAAACACACUGGAGAGAAGCCAUAUUCAUGUUUAGAAUGUGGGAAAUUGUUUGGCCACAGGACUAGUCUUUUUAAACAUAGGGAGAUCCAUGCAGGGUCAAAGCCAUUUUCAUGUGCAGAAUGUGGGAGAAGUUUUAUAAAGCAAUCAAGUCUUGUUAAACAUCAGAAAUGCCACACAGAAGAAAAGCCCUUUUCAUGUUCUGAGUGUGGGAAAAGUUUCACAAGAAAAUCAAGCGUUCUUGAACAUCAAAGAACUCAUUCAGGGGAGAAGCCAUUUUCAUGUUCAGAAUGUGGGAAAACAUUUAGCCAGAAGUCUGAUCUUGUGAAGCAUCAGAGAACUCAUACAGGAGAGAAGCCAUUUUCAUGUUCAGAAUGUGGCAAAUCUUUUAGACAUAAAUCAGAUGUACUUAAUCAUCAGAGAAUUCACAAAGAUGAGAGGCCAUUUUCAUGUUCAGAAUGUGGUAAAAGUUUUCGCCAGAGACCAGCUCUUUUCAAACAUCAAAGAAGGCACAGAGGGGAGGAGCCAUUUUCAUGUUCAGAAUGUGAGAGAUGUUUUCAGCAGAAAUCAGAUCUUCUUAUACAUCAAAGAUCUCAUACAGGAGAGAAGCCAUAUUCAUGUUCUGAGUGUGGAAAAUGUUUUCGCCAGAGAGCAUACCUUGUUUCACAUCAGAGAACUCACACAGGGGAAAAACCAUAUUCAUGUUCUGAGUGUGGAAAAUGUUUUAUGCAGAGAUCGAUACUUGUUCUGCAUCAAAGAAUUCACACAGGGGAAAAGCCUUUUUCAUGUUCAGAAUGUGGGAAUGGUUUCAUGCAGAAAUCAGCCCUUGCUAUGCAUCAGAGAAUUCACACAGGAGAAAAGCCAUUUUCAUGUUCAGAAUGUGGGAAAUGUUUUCGCUAUAAGUCAGAUCUCAUUGUACAUCAAAGAAGGCACAGAAAAGAGGAGGCGUUUUCAUGUCCAGAAUGUGAGAGAGGUUUUCAACAGAAAUCUGACCUCAUUGUGCAUCAAAGAACUCACACAGGGGAGAAGCCGUAUUCAUGUUCUGAAUGUGGGAAAUGUUUUACCCAGAGAGCAUCACUUUUUGCACAUCAGAGAACUCACACAGGGGAGAAGCCCUUUUCAUGUUCUGAGUGUGGGAAAUGUUUUAUGCAGAAAUCAGUCCUUGUUAUGCAUCAAAGAAUUCACACAGGGGAAAAGCCAUUUUCAUGUUUAGAAUGUGGGAAAUGUUUUUGUCGGAAAUCGGAUCUCAUUGUACAUCAAAAAAGGCACAGAAGGGAGGAGCCAUUUUCAUGUCUAGAAUGUGGCAGAGGUUUUUUACAGAAAUCGGCUCUCAUUGUACAUCAAAGAACUCACACAGGAGAGAAGCCACAUUCAUGUUCUGAAUGUGGGAAAUGCUUUACACAGAGAUCAUCCCUUGUCAGGCAUAUGGUAAUCCAUACAGGGGAAAAGCCAUUUUCAUGUUCAGAAUGUGGAAAACGCUACAGCCAUAAAUCAGCAGUUGCUCAACAUAAGAAGCGAAGCCAUUUUCAGACUGUAGCAAAUGAUUUACCUUUAGAUGUCGUGCUAUAGGUAAAUCAAUUUGAUUAAAAAAAAGACUUUAUCAACAGAAUGCUCUUGUUUUGACUUUUGUUCUUGGCAUUUUUUUUCUAAAAUAUGCUCACAAUCUAUCUUUGCCCAGUGCCUGUGUUAUACCCCACAACAUACUGAGCACAGCACAAAACUGUGUGGCCAAAUGGGACCUGGCUCAUCUGCAUAACACAUUUCACUACCUUUUUUUGAUGGCACAGGCCAUUCCCUCCUUGCAGCAAUCAAAGACCUGAAGGACACUGUGGAGCUGCAAUAAUCACCUGAGACUAAGUUGCUCUUAUACUAUGUGACAGAUACACACAGGGAGGCAAAUUUUUAACUUUUUCACUCCUUUUUUUUGGAGCUUCCAUUUCCUUUUUAUGCAAGUUUAAUUUGUGCAAAUGGUAUCAUGUUGUUCCAUGAUGUAUGAUGAAUUAGCAAAUAUUUUUAGUGUACUUUUUUAUUCUGUGGUUUUUACACUGUUUAUUGAGUGAAAUAUUGUUGUACAAAAUUUUUGCGACUUUUUAAAAAGUCUUACAUGUGUAACAAGCCACAGCCCUUAAAGGGGUAUUCCAGGAUUUUUUUUUUUAUUUGACUAUCCUACAGGGGCUGUAAAGUUAGUGUAGUUCAUAAUAUAGUGUCUGUACCUGUGUGUGACGGUGAUUCUUAUGUGAUUUUCGCCCCAAUAUUUAUUUUUAACAGCAUACAAAAUUACUCAGAUCUUAGGAUUUCCCAGGUUGCAGUGCUUCGAUACAUGACAUCACUAGUCAGUUGUGCAAGGGGAGCCUGUCUUGCUUCAAUGGGUGGAGCGACAGAGAGAUAAUUUAGCUACAGCUGUAGGCACCCUUAUUAGAAAACACUGAUCUUUUGAGCUUAUUUGUGCUGCAAUGGGUGGGGUGGCUGAUGUGUGAGAGGGAGGAAUGUAACUUCACACUUACAAGCAUGGAACUAUGGGAUGUGUAGUUUAAAGGAGUACUCCGGUGGAAAACAAUUUAUUUUAUUUUUUUCAAAUCAACUGGUGCCAGAAAAUUUUACAGAUUUGUAAAUUACUUCUAUUUAAAAAAUCUUACUCAUUCCAAUACUUAUCAGCUGCUGUAUGCUCCACAGGAAGCUGUAUUUAUUUCUGGAGUUCUUUUCAGUCUGACCACACUGCUCUCUGCUGACACCUCUGUCCGUAUUAGGAACUGUCCAGAGCAGGAUAGGUUUCCUAUGGGGAUUUGCUUGUACUCUGGAACUCCAGAAAGAAACACAACUUCCUCUGGAGCAUACAGCUGCUGCUAAGUACAGGAAGGAUUAAGAUUUUAUAUAGAAGGAAAUUUCAAAUCUGUUUAACUUCCUGACACCAGUUAAUAUAAAAAAUAAAAAAAAAUUCCACUGGAGUACCCCUUUAAGAGACCAAACUCCAACAGGAAAUACCCAGAUAGCCUGGCAGGUAUGUACUAAAAUCACCUUAUGGUGGAUAACCCCUUUAAUCCAGCCCCACUAUUUGGCCAAAACUGAAAUUGAAGAGCAAGAUGAUAAAUCUUUAAAAAAGUUAACAAACCUUGUGGAUCUGUAAUCUGGACUGCAGUAUAUGAAUACUUAAUCUACCAAGAGAAGUAUGUCUACUUACAAAUCUUUUCUAGGGCCAUAGCCUGGUAGAUUUGUCUAUCAGGGUCCCGAAAAAGCUGGGUAAUAAACCAUGCCAUGUUAUAAUAGUAACUGCUGAAUACUAAAGCUAUCUAGAUAAAUCUCUGUCCACCAUCCCAAAUAGUGUCAUAGCUAGGCAAAUAUGUGUGGUGGCCCGGUACCGUAUUGCAUACCGUACCUAGUGUGGUGGUCUCCAAAGUCAGAGUAACUACGCUCAGGUAGGGUCCCCCAGGUGAGAUAGCCCCUAGUCGCCUCUCCUCUACUCUAAUUCUACAAUGUUGAUACAUGUACAUAUUUAGUAAUAAUGUAUAUUACUUACCUUGUUUAGCGUCGCAGGAACUUCGGUCAUGUGACUAUAUUAAUAUCCUCUAUGGUAUGUUGGAGGACCUUUGGAGGUCCUUGGGUCACAUGUUACCCAUAAUCCUUUGUAAUGGUGAUUGACACAAGUAUUGGACCAAUUAGCAUUAGUCCAGCCCCUGCCCAUAUAAAGGAGCUGUAGCCAAUUAUCGCUCUCUUGGGUUGCUGCUCUCGUGGAUGCCGGACUAGCAGGAUGGAUCUGCGCAACUUGCAAAGACACGCUAGGCCUGAAAACCUACCGGCCUACCUAGGCCUAAAAUCUUCAGUAAAAGUUACAACUGUUUCAGCAAACUCUCCGGUUGUGGACAUUCCAUUAUUAUCUACCUCCCUAUCGCUCUUGGGAAGGGUAGCGGUAGGACAAGAUUACUGAGGAGCCCUCACCCUGGCGUCACGAAUAGCAAGGGUUAACAAGCACCCUUUAGUCACCUCACAGCUACACUCCCCAUACCCUACUCCCCCAGGCUAUCACAUAUGCUUUUCAGAACUUAGGGUAACAUUUAUAUAGAGAUUGGGGGUAAUAAACAAAACUUUGUGUGGCAGAAAUGUGUUGAGCUUUGCACCCAAUGAUGCACAGAUUAUGUAAAACAGUUUCCUAAUUCCCUAUGCACCAAAAAGAAUGGUAUUCUGCGCAGAACAAUUUUUAAAACCGUUUGUUAGACAGUUUUCUAACACAUCUAAUAAAUGCACCAGAUUUUGCACCACUUUUUAACAUGUGUAGUUUUCGAGAAACACGUUUGCAUUUGCACUGUCUAGAAAUUACACUGUUUUUGCCUAUUCCCCCAGUGUGUAUUGCUAUUGUAUUGUAAGACUAUUUUCCUCACAUAGGUAAACUUCACUUUCAAGGACCAGGCAUAGCAGGGUAACACUUCUCUAGUGCUGAAGUACAUGCUACAAUGAGUAUAAAUUAAAUUAAAGCUGACCAUUCACAUUAGAUGUGUGUUUUCCAAACCUGAUUAUUUUCUGGCACCGGUUGACCAUCUACAUAUGCUUUUAUCUCAGGGUGUUAAAGGAGUACUCAAGUGAAAAACAUUUUUUUUUUUUUUUUUUUUUAAAU